CUCUUUGGGAUUGGGCCAGCAGAUGUGUACAGUUUGGGAGAAGGGGGAAGCCAGUGCCAGGAAAUGCAGGAGCAAGCGGAGGGGAGGACGGAUGCGAAUCUGGAGAAGAGAGCCAGGCGCGGUGGCGGGGGACCCCUUCCUCCUAAUCCUCUCUCCAGGAAUCCCUGGCUUUAGGACAGGACGGCUGUCUUUGGUUGGGGGAGGCGCCCAGUCUGGGUGCAUGUCCUGGGCCACCAGCCAAGAGUACAUGAUGUUCCCAAGUGCGCUGGCCGCCGCCCUCUCCGGCUGGCCGCCUCCCAAACCGCUGCCUCUCCAGCCUCCCUGUCCCACAUUCCCCGGCUGCCUUGCUCCGCCCUCUUCCUCCGCUUUGACGUCACCGCUCCCUCCCGCCCCCUCGCCUCCAUUGACGGCAGCAGGGCCUGGUUACUGUGGGGACUGUGAGGCAGGACAGCCGGGGCCUUGAGAGCAGGUGGGCGCUGCAGGAGCGCUCGACCCCUUUGUCUAUGCAAAGCACAGACCUAGAGGUGGGGGGUGAGAGAGCACGGACUGCCUGUGUCCGCGGAGAUCACACCUAGACCCCAGAGGAGAACCCGGGAGGAAGAAAAACCCUGUUUCCAGAGGAGAGGGGUCUGAAAAUGAGACAAGGGAAGGGGCCACAGUCUAUGAGUUGGGGGGCCAUUUCCAAGGAUGAGACUGAGAAUCCAGGCUCCUGAAUCCUUUGUUUCCUGUGUUUUCUUGCUUUGGUUUUUUUCUGGGUUAUUUUAUGACAUCCCUGUGCCCCAGCUUUUCCACAGAUCCCUCCCCCCGGGCCCCUCCACGGGGAACACCAUUGUUAAGGAAAGCUUAGGCCCCGUGACAGUGAGGGAGUGCACCCACAGCUGGUUAUGUCAGCAUCAGCUUGGGGGCCUCUUCACUCGCCACCCACGUUAUCGCGGAGCCCUGAGAGGAACUGCUCACAGCCCUCUUAGAUGAAGGGGUCUGUGUCACUGCAGUUCCCCCCCAGCUCAGCCCGGCACUGUAUUUCCCCCAAUUAGGACUCAGGGUUCUGCUCCCCUCCCCUUUACAAAAAGCAUAAUUUCCAGCACCUUCUCCAUGGCUGAGGCCCCUUCCCCUCCCUUAUCUAUCCUUGUUAACAACAAAAUCACCGUAUUUACUGAUCACCCACGGUGUGUCAGGUUCUGUCCUGGGGACUGAGAAAUGCAGUGAGGUGACAGAUGAGGUCCUCGGCUUUCUCUUGUCCUAGGGCUGGGGAUCUGAAGCCCUUGCCACCCCACCUGUCUCUCCAGGGUCCCAGUUGGUCUCUUCCCUCAGCCACCCCCUAGGUUCCCCCUGUAGUCCUGGCUUCCUGGCCCCCACAUUUGGGGCGGCCCUAAGUGUGGGUGGCCGCAUCUUCAGGAGCGAAGCAGCGCUAGUCACCACGUAGGCUGCCCGGAGACAUUUUCUCUGAUUGGGUACAGAAGCACCUAGCAUUGUUUCCCUUCACAGCCCUUAUUGGCCCUGGCUGCCCCUUCUGUUGUCUGCAUCCUCCCCUGCACUCCACCCCCUGUCACGCGGGGAUCCUCAAUUGCCAUCCUCCUGGCUGUCCACAGGAUUUGAAGUGUUAGAGGAAGGGGCUGGAUAAAAUGGCUUUAUUGUGAUGACAAGGCUGGGGCGAGGAACCCAGGAGAGGCCAGGCUGGGUUUCUUUGUGUGUCCCCGUCCUCCCAAGGGACCAGCCAUCUCAUCCAACCUGGCCCACCCCCCCAAGGGUCAGCAUUCCUUUCCCCCACCUCUGGCAAGGCCAAGGUGUUCUGUUCUGUAGGGCUGACGGUCCAGGAAGUAGACCUCUCUUAAGUACCUACCGUGGCCCCGGCAUUUUGCCCGAAGAAGGGCAGCUUAUCUCCCCUCUCCGCCCUCCCAUUAUUCACUGUGCAAGGCGUCCUGCGCCCGUUGGCUGCGUGGUGGUGUCUGGGGCCCUUCAGCCCAGCGCCAGCACCCAGGUCCACGUGCGCCCGUGUGUGUGACACAGCCCUGACCUCAGUAGGGGCCGGUAGCCAAUCAGGGGCCGGCCCGGGAUCCCCCAGCCAAUCGGGGGCGGGGCCUGCGGCUCCGCCGGCAGGAAGCCAAUGAGGGGCAGUGCCUGGCAUUAUGCAACCCGCCUCCUGGCCCCGCGAAGCUUCCACUCGGCUGAGGGCUGCAACGGCGGCGGGCCGGCGGCCGGAGGGCGCUCGCGCGGCCAGGUACUGCCCGUGAUCGAACUUCUCAAUCCGCAAAGGCUUGGAUCUCCCACCUCACUCCCCCAAACCAGGGCGCCCGGCCCCCUGUGUGCCCCCGUGGUGGCCUCUCCGCCUUCCGUGUUUUCUUCCUGCCCUCCCCAUGGCUCAGACAUGAGUGGCCCUUUAGAAGGGGCUGAUGGGGCAGGGGACCCCGGGCCGGGGGAAACCUUUUGCCCCGGAGGAGCCCCAUCCCCUGGGCCUCCGCAGCGCCGGUCUUGCCCUGGCCCCAGCCUGGCUGAUGACACAGAUGCCAACAGCAAUGGGUCCAGCGGCAAUGAAUCUAAUGGGCCCGAGUCCCGCGGCGCAUCUCAGAGGAGCUCACACAGCUCUUCUUCCGGCAAUGGCAAGGACUCAGCCCUGCUGGAGACCACUGAGAGCAGCAAGAGCACGAACUCUCAGAGUCCGUCCCCACCCAGCAGUUCCAUUGCCUACAGCCUCCUGAGUGCCAGCUCCGAACAGGACAACCCGUCUACCAGUGGCUGCAGCAGUGAACAGUCAGCCCGGGCGAGGACCCAGAAGGAGCUCAUGACGGCUCUGCGGGAGCUCAAGCUUCGGCUGCCGCCCGAGCGCCGGGGCAAGGGCCGCUCUGGGACCCUGGCCACGCUCCAGUACGCUCUGGCCUGUGUCAAGCAGGUGCAGGGUGAGUGGUGCUUCCGGGGACGGCCCGGCCGGUCCUGGGCUGCGGCGGUGGGGCAGGCUCCUCCGCAGACGCCUCACCGCCUGCACCCUGCAGCCAACCAGGAAUACUACCAGCAGUGGAGCCUGGAGGAGGGCGAGCCUUGUGCCAUGGACAUGUCCACCUACACCCUGGAGGAGCUGGAGCACAUCACGUCCGAGUAUACGCUGCGCAACCAGGAUACCUUCUCCGUGGCUGUCUCCUUCCUGACAGGCCGCAUCGUCUACAUUUCGGAGCAGGCGGGUGUCCUCCUCCGCUGCAAACGGGAUGUGUUCUGGGGCGCCCGCUUCUCAGAGCUCCUGGCUCCCCAGGAUGUGGGCGUCUUCUAUGGUUCCACUGCCCCGUCUCGCCUGCCCACCUGGGGCGCUGGGACCUCAGCAGGUUCAGGCCUCAAGGACUUCACCCAGGAGAAGUCUGUCUUCUGCCGUAUCAGAGGAGGUCCUGACCGGGAUUCAGGGCCUCGGUACCAGCCAUUCCGCCUCACGCCAUACGUGACCAAGAUCCGGGUCUCAGAUGGGGCCCCGGCACAGCCAUGCUGCCUGCUCAUCGCAGAGCGCAUCCACUCGGGUUAUGAAGCUCCCCGGAUCCCCCCCGACAAGAGGAUCUUCACCACUCGGCACACACCUAGCUGCCUCUUCCAGGAUGUGGACGAAAGGGCUGCCCCGCUGCUGGGCUACCUCCCCCAGGACCUCCUGGGGGCACCAGUGCUCCUGUUCCUGCAUCCUGAGGACCGACCCCUCAUGCUGGCCAUCCACAAGAAGAUCCUGCAGCUGGCGGGCCAGCCCUUUGACCACUCCCCUAUCCGCUUCUGUGCCCGGAAUGGCGAGUAUGUCACCAUGGACACCAGCUGGGCUGGCUUCGUGCACCCCUGGAGCCGCAAGGUGGCCUUUGUCUUGGGCCGCCACAAAGUCCGCACGGCACCCCUGAACGAGGAUGUGUUCACCCCACCGGCCCCCCGCCCAGCUCUGUCUCUGGACUCGGACAUCCAGGAACUCUCGGAGCAGAUCCACCGGCUGCUGUUACAGCCCGUGCACAGCCCCAGUCCCACGGGGCUCUGUGGAGUGGGCGCCAUCGCUUCCCCGGGCCCUCUCCUCAGCCCUGGCUCCUCCAGUGACAGCAACGGGGGUGAUGCCGAGGGGCCUGGGCCUCCUGCGCCGGUGACGUUCCAGCAGAUCUGUAAGGACGUGCAUCUGGUGAAGCAUCAGGGGCAGCAGGUUUUCAUUGAGUCCCGCGCCCGGCCUCCACCCCGGCCCCGCCUCCCUGGUCAGUGGGUGAGGGUGCGGGUGAGGAAUGACACCUGGGGGCCCCAUGACUUUCGCCCCAACCCAGAGGAGUUCAUCUCUCCCUUUUCUCUCCUUGGCCCAGCUACAGGCACAUUCAAAGCCAAGACCCUUUCCUGCCAGUCCCCAGACCCAGAACUGGAAGUGGUCCCUGCUCCCGACCAGGCCCCACUCACCCUGACCCCGGAUGAGGCUGAGAGGAAAGAAGCCUCCAGUUGUUCCUACCAGCAGAUCAACUGCCUGGACAGCAUCCUCAGGUACCUGGAGAGCUGCAACAUCCCCAGCACGACCAAGCGGAAGUGUGCCUCUUCCUCCUGCACCACAUCCUCGGCCUCGGACGAGGACAAGCAGAGGACGGGUCCGGUCCCUUUGGGGGCCAAGAAAGAUCCAUCGGUGGUGCUGCGCGGGGAGGGGGCCGGCCCUCAGAAGGAGCCAGUGGUGGCAGGCACCCUGAGCCCGCUCACCCUGGCCAAUAAGGCAGAGAGCGUGGUGUCCAUCACCAGCCAGUGUAGCUUCAGCUCUACCAUCGUCCAUGUGGGAGACAAGAAGCCCCCGGAGUCGGACAUCAUCAUGAUGGAGGACCUGCCUGGCCUGGCUCCAGGCCCAGCCGCCAGCCCAGCCCCCAGCCCCACGGUAGCCCCCGACCCCGCCCCAGACGCCUACCGCCCGGUGGGCCUGACCAAGGCCGUGCUGUCCCUGCACACACAGAAGGAGGAGCAGGCCUUCCUCAGCCGCUUCAGAGACCUCAGCCGACUGCGGGCGCUCGACGGCUCCUCCCCGGCCUCCCUGGCCCCUGGCGAGCGAGGCUGCCACCACGGCCCCACACCCCCUGGUCGCCGACACCACUGCCGAUCCAAAGCCAAGCGCUCCCGCCACCACCAGACCCCCCGGGCCGAAGCCCCCUGCUAUGGCUCCCACCCAUCGCCUGUGUCACCCUCGGCCCCCUGGCCCCCCCCACCAGCCACUACUCCCUUCCCAGCUGUGGUCCAGUCCUACCCUCUCCCAGUGUUCUCCCCGCGAGGAGGCCCGCAGCCUCUCCCCUCUGCCCCCACAGCUGGGCCCCCUGCAGCUUUCCCUGCCCCGCUGGUGACCCCCAUGGUAGCCUUGGUGCUCCCUAACUAUCUGUUCCCUGCCCCACCCAGCUAUUCCUAUGGGGUAGCCCAGACCCCCGCCGAAGGGCCUCCUACCCCCGCCUCCCACUCCCCUUCUCCGUCCCUGCCCCCGCCGCCCCCCAGCCCUCCCCGCGGGCCGGACUCUCCGCUCUUCAACUCGAGAUGCAGCUCCCCACUCCAGCUGAAUCUGCUGCAGCUUGAGGAGCCCCCCCGUGUUGAAGGGGGUGCUGUUGCAGGGGGCGCUGGGAGCAGUGCUGGGCCCCCGCCUCCCAGUGAGGAGGCCGCUGAGCCAGAGGCCAGAUUGGUGGAGGUGACAGAGUCCUCCAACCAGGACGCGCUGUCGGGCUCCAGUGACCUGCUGGAGUUGCUGCUACAGGAGGACUCUCGGUCCGGCACGGGCUCCGCCGCCUCAGGCUCCCUAGGCUCCGGCCUGGGCUCUGGGUCCGGUUCAGGCUCCCAUGAGGGAGGCAGCACUUCAGCCAGCAUCACACGCAGCAGUCAGAGCAGCCACACGAGCAAGUACUUCGGCAGCAUCGACUCUUCGGAGGCCGAAGCCGGGGCUGCCCAGGCUGGGGCUGAGCCCGGGGACCAGGUCAUUAAGUACGUGCUCCAGGAUCCCAUCUGGCUGCUCAUGGCCAAUGCCGACCAGCGCGUCAUGAUGACCUACCAGGUGCCGUCCAGGGACAUGGCCUCUGUGCUGAAGCAGGACCGGGAGCGGCUCCGGGCCAUGCAGAAGCAGCAGCCUCGGUUCUCAGAGGACCAGCGCAGGGAACUGGGUGCCGUGCAUUCCUGGGUCCGGAAGGGUCAGCUGCCUCGGGCCCUCGAUGUGAUGGCCUGUGUGGAUUGCGGUAGUAGCACCCAAGACCCCGGCCACCCGGAUGACCCCCUCUUCUCGGAACUGGAUGGACUGGGACUGGAGCCUAUGGAGGAGGGCGGAGGCGAGGGUGGGGGCGGGGGUGCUGAAGGUGAGGGCGGAGAAGAGGCCCAGGCUCAAGCUGGGACCAGGGUCUCCAGCUCUCAGGACCUGGCCAUGGAGGAGGAGGAACAAGGUGGGAGCUCACCCAGUCCAGCCUUAGCCGCAACAGAAAAUGGCACCAGCUAGACCACGUUUGGGGGCCCCCUCCGGCAGUGCAUGAGAAGCUUCCUUCUCCCGUGUUCCACCUCUCAGAACUCAGAUGUGACUGGACCAACCAGUAGGAAACUGCCCCAGCUUCUCCCACGUAGGGGGCGGGACCCCCAUCAGCAGCCCGGGAUCCAGGGGAUGCCUCCUGCUUCUGAGGGUAGAGACGGGGCGGGGGGAUUCGUCAGCCCAGCCCAGAGAAGCCGCGUCUCCCACCUCUGGUGAGGAGCUCUUCCUUCCCUUGGACAAGGUUGCUGACAAGCUGCUCAAGUGGUCUCUCCAAGUCCCGGCUCAGCCCGAGUCCCGGUCCCUGAGGGUUGGGGCUGCACUUAUUUAUUGGGGGAGACAGCCCCUUCUCCCACCUCCUCCCUAGAGGGGAGGGAGAGGGCCAGCGGUCCAAACCCCUAGCUGCUCCGGGGUGGGGGAGGUUGGUGGACCAUGGAGUCCCUGGUGCUGCCCCUCAGGUGGGACCCAGGUGUUCUCAGCUGUACCCUCUACCGAUGGCAUAUGUGUUUUUGAUAUUGUGUCUGUUGUUAUUUUUUAAUACAAAGAGAAAAAAAACACAAAACACCCAGGACUUUGUGUUGGUUGGGGGUAGGGAGCUCGUUGUGGGGAGGUGUGGCCCCGCAUCCAGGGAGGCUGUAGUGAGCGUGAGGACCACUCCCCUGGCGCCCCCCAGCCGUCUGCUCCGCACACCCUUUCCGGCGGAAGGGCCUUGCCGGGCCCGUAAAAUCUCCACCUACCUCGGCCGGGGGGGCCCUGUCACCUGGCGUCCGCGGGGUGUGUCGUGAGGAGCAGGGCGGGGGGCGGCCGGAGAGCCGGCCCAGCCUGCGGGGGCCCCGAAGCCGGUGAGGGUGUUCAGCUGCUCCGUCACCGUGUCCCCACGCAGGAGAGGGCCCAGUCCAGGGGGGCUGCGGGACGUGAGGUCAAGCACCCAUUCAUGGUCGAGUUGGGCCCCCGGGGUGUGGGAGACGGGAGGGGCGGAGCGUUAACCCUCCGGCUCGGGACCUGGGAAGGGAGGGGAAAACCUUGGAACCGAGGUGGCGGAGGACCCGCGGCCACCGCUGCCUUGCAGUUCUCGCUUACUGACUCCCCCGAGUGGCUGAUAUACCUCCAGACGCAGCGCCUCUUCUGCCGGCGCCGUGGCUUAGCUGGUUAAAGCGCCUGUCUAGUAAACAGGAGAUCCUGGGUUCGAAUCCCAGCGGUGCCUGCGCCCGCGAAAGGCGGUAUAUUAUUGCUGCAAGGGCAACGCGCUUCCAACCUUCCCCAAGGCUCUUCGUGUGGCACCUUCCGGAAGUUUCUUAUUCUUCCCCAGCCAAUCCCACCUGGAGCUCCGGCUCCCGCGCACUU